AUGUCUCAGAAAUCUUUUCAAGAGUUUGAAGAAGAGUCAUUUGAUGAUGAGCCAGAGCCAAUGGCAAGAUCUGGUAAGAAUGUUGCUCAACCAGAAGCUUUUGAUAGCGCCUCGCAAAUUUCAAUGUCAAGUAAUUACAGCGGAAUAUCAGCAAAUAGAAAUCAAAUGAAUCAAAGAAGUAGAGAACUCGAUAUUUUAGUUCAAAGUACUCUUGCAAAACGCCCAGCCACAAUUACUGUUACACCUAUCAAUAAAGCUGCCGUUGAUGCAGCUGUUAAGUCAGGUGAUCUGAAUGAAAUGCUCAAUCAAGCUAAUAUUAUGAUUACGAAUCUUUCUUUACAAUUCGGCACAAUUAGAAACAAAAUUGAUGCAAAUGAAGCAGCCAUUGCUAAAAUUGAGCAAGCUUAUCGCGAAGGUAAACGCUCUAGUUACAAAUGA